AUGAGUUCAGCAAAAGACAAGCCCUCCGGGAUCCCGGUCCCUUCCAACGCGGCCACUACAAGCCCGACUGCCACGACAAGCCCAAUUCACCGUCGCUCGUCAGUGGGGUCCCAAACGGGAAACAACUCCAAGGGGACGCGGGUGAAACUUGAAGAGGGCCAGCAGAAGAAGCCCGAGGCCGCAGAGGACAAGAAGCCCAAGGUGGUGGAAGAAGACGCGCAUAAGAGUCCCAAUGUCAAACCCGGGGAGGAGCCGAAACCCGACCUCCCCAAACCCAAGGACGACGACUCCAACACUGACAACGACGACCCCUUCCGAUUCGCCGCCGUCCCCGACGAGCUCCUACCCACUGGCCUUCCCCCCAUUGAAGAAGACGAGCCGGAAGAAGAAGAAGAAGAAGAAGAAGAAGAAGAAGAAGAAGAAGAAGAAGAAGAAGAAGAAGAAGAAGUCGAAUCAUUUUCAGAGGACCCUUACUACCUCCAAGACGACCAACAAGACGUCUACUCCUUCACCACCCCGCCAACAUCCCCUGACUUCCCCCCCGGAAACCCCCCCAUGGUUUCUUCCUCCCUGCGUAAAACCCUCAACGAAGAUUUCUCCCCCCCUCUCCCCCCUUACCUCCUCCUGCAUGGAACGCUCAUCCUCCUCGGGACACUCACCUACGCCCUGCUAAACUCCACAAACAUCACCUCCCUGACAGCCCUCCUCUUCCCAGGCAUCCAGCUCCUCCUAUCAGGCAUCGUCCUCUCCCUCGUCGAUGCCUCCCAACCCUCCGACCCCGUGACUCCAGGUUGGAAGGCGCUCGUCCAGCUGGCCACGGUGGUAGAGUGGCUUUAUUUCCUGCUGGAGCUCCACCAAAACUUUUACGACUACAGCGCCCCGGGGGCGUAUCUCCCUGGCGGGUACGGGAUCGACUUUGAGUUUGGGAGCGAUGACCCGGCCGAUUAUAGGACGUUGGACAACCCCAAGUGGCCGCACGAGGCCAAGGUCAAGGCGACGAGGGAGAGGGGCCUGAACUUGGAGGGGAGGGUGUUGGAGGGGGUGGAUAGGUUUGUUGGUGUUGCUGCUGGGGUUGGGUUGGUUCUUAUUUGGUUUGUCGUUGCGAGGGCAGUGUGGAGGUUGCGGAAUGCUGGAGGGGCGAAGAGGAGGAAGAGAGAGUGGGGAAAACUAAUUUAUCAGAGGCAAAGAAGAUAG